GCAUGCGCAUUCUCAGCCGCGGUCACGGCAAAGUGCAGCUGAGGGACCCGGCGCUCGUCUAUAGAUCAGGCGCUGCAUCACAUCCCUGUCUCCGUUAUUCUUCGUUACCCUGACGGCACCGUGGAGACGAGCGUAGGCAAAGGAAGAGCGAUCAAGAAAAGCCGGGAUAUAAUACUUGCCCUUGCGUGCUGGACGGGGGAGGGCUCGUAGUGAUACACCAGAGAUGAGACCGCGAUGGGGAUGGGCAGGUCUGUUGAUGCUCUUUGCAGUCACAUUAGCCAGGGCCCACGAGGAAGACCAGGAGGAUGAAGAGGAGGCGUUGGUGGAGGACUCGAUGAAGGCUGAGGAGGAGGAGGAGUCUCUUCCGGAUGCCAACGUCUCGUUCCAAGUAACAUACAAGAGCCCGGUCCCUACAGGUGAUGUCUAUUUGGCAGAGACGUUUGACGACGGCUCGCUAGAGAGGUGGCAGGUGUCGAAAACGACGAAAGAAGAUGCAGACGAUGAUGUGGCAAAAUACGAUGGAAAGUGGGAGGUGGAGCCUUUGAAGGAGAACACGGUGACAGGGGAUAUGGGGCUGGUGCUCAAAUCUAGAGCCAAGCAUCAUGCUGUCGCUGCCCUGCUGGCAAGACCGUUUGUCUUCAAGGACAAGGCCCUCGUUGUCCAGUAUGAGGUUAAUUUUCAGAAUGGGAUUGACUGUGGAGGUGCCUACAUCAAGCUGCUCUCAGAAGCUCAGGAUUUAGAUUUGGAGCAGUUCCAUGACCGCACGCCAUACACCGUCAUGUUUGGCCCGGAUAAGUGCGGGGAGGAUUACAAACUCCACUUCAUCUUCAGGCACAAGAACCCCAAAAACGGGGACCUGGAAGAGAAGCACGCCAAGCGGCCCGAUGUGGACCUCAAGAAGUUGUACACGGACAAGAAGACCCAUUUGUACACCUUAGUGCUCAGCCCAGACAACAGCUACGAGAUCUUCAUUGACCAGUCCAGCGUGAGCAGAGGCAGCCUACUCUCAGACAUGGUGCCCCCAGUCAACCCCCAGAAGGAGAUAGACGACCCGAAUGAUGCCAAGCCAGAAGACUGGGAUGAACGAGCCAAGAUUCCAGAUCCCGAGGCUGUCAAACCGGAAAACUGGAAUGAAGAUGCUCCAGCCAAGAUCCCAGACCCUGAAGCGUUUAAACCGGAAGGCUGGCUGGAUGAUGAGCCUGAGCUAGUCCCUGACCCCAACGCAGAAAAGCCUGAUGACUGGGAUGAGGAGAUGGACGGAGAGUGGGAAGCCCCUCAGAUUCCUAACCCUGCCUGUGAGAUGGCCAUUGGCUGCGGGGAGUGGAAAUCCCCAAUGAUCAACAACCCGCUGUACAGGGGCAAGUGGAAACCACCCCUCAUUGACAAUCCCAACUAUCAGGGGGUCUGGAGCCCAAGAAAAAUCCCCAACCCAGAUUACUUUGAAGACCUGCACCCAUUCAGGAUGACACCCUUCAGAGCCAUAGGCUUGGAGCUGUGGUCCAUGACCUCGGAGAUUUACUUUGACAACUUCAUCAUCACUGAGGACAAGGAGGUGGCGGACCGCUGGGCGUCGGACGGCUGGGGGCUGAAGAGGCUAGUGGCUAGCGCUAACGAGCCUGGAAUCUUCGCUCGGCUGAGCAUGGCUGCGGAGGAGCGUCCCUGGAUGUGGGUGGUCUACAUCCUGACGGUGGGCCUGCCUGUCGUUCUACUGGUGCUCUUCUGCUGGCCCCAGAAACCUCGAGAAGACUAUGCGUUUAAGAAGACAGACAUGCCUCGUGUCCAGGAGGAAGAAGAAGAGGAGGAGGAGGAGGAGGAGGAGGAAGAGGAUGGUGCAGAGCAGAAAGGAGAGGUUAAUGAGGCCCAGUGCAGUGAGCCAGCAGGCGAGAGUGAAGGGAAGCCGGCAGAAGUGGAAAAUGGAGCCGUAGGAGGUGACAGCCCGGAGGAAGAGGAGGAAGACCGAAGCAAGUCCAACGAGACUCCAUCGGACGAUGAGAUGAAGGAUGCAGAUGAGGGCAGCCAGGGCGUCGUGGGGGGGCCAAAGCAGGCAGUGCGGAAGAGACGAGUGCGAAAGGAGUAGAGCUGGGUGUUUAUCCCCAGCCCACGAUGCCGCCCAUCUUUCCCCGUGGUGCAUCCAGACCAGCAUGCAGGUUCCCUGGCUGCCACCCGGCGUGACUCACCAGACCCAAGUGCUUUUGCCUCCAUGCUCUGCCCCGCGGAUUUGUCCCCCCCAGGCCCCACUCCUUAAUUUAGAUUUUCCUAAGUUAUUUACAGCUAAUGUGUGUAUGCAGUUUAAAACCCUAGUGUUAAUAUUACACCUGCCCAGUGUGUAUUUCACACCGGUUCAGCUGUGUAGAUAGUAAGGAUGUUAGACAAAGGUCCCGAUUCUACAGCAUACGAAUGCGAGAGAAAUAUUAGAAGCCUGUAAGAGGGAUUCUGUUUUUACCUCUAGAUUGCAAUGUUUUAGUAACUUAUGAACUUGAGUAUUUUUAAGUUAUCUUAAUUUAUUUUUGUUUUUGGUCUGUUUCUGUCCUGUGUCCAUAAAUGAUUUUUGAUACCAUGAAGCAGCAGGUGAGAAUUUUAGGAUAUUUUAGAAGGAUUAGCUGCCUUUGUUUGCUUGUUCUGGAGUUCUGGUCACAUGCUCGGUACCCCCCCACCCCCCCCCUCCCCCGACCGUCCUGGUAGGGGGGUGAGGCUCGCCUGUGUCUCCCACAGCGAGGCACUUGUUGGUAGACAGCCAACCAGACCUGGGCCCUUCCGGUGUUUGUGUUCUUGCCAGCCAAUGGCAGACCCCCGUUUUCAGAUGUUUGCAAAUUACACAUUUGCUCUUGGAAAUAAAUAUUUAAUACAUA